AUGAGGCUCCCAAUCCUGUUAGCUGCCCUGCUCUGGUUCCGGGGUUUUCUGGCAGAGGAGGAAGCAUGCCCCUCCCUGGAAGGGAGUCCAGGCAGGGAGAGUGCAGGCCCACCCCUGAACGUGAACAUCACCAGCCAGGGGAGACCUACUAGCCUCUUUCUGAGCUGGGCAGCCCAGGAGCCAGGCGGAUUCACCCAUGCCCUCCGCCUCACACGUCUGAGCCCCCUCAGCUCUCCUGAAGGGCAGCAGCUCCAGGCCCACACCAAUGCAUCCAGCUUUAAGUUCCAAGAUCUGGUGUCAGGGGGUCGCUACCAGCUGGAAGUGACGGCCCCGCGACCCUGUGGGCAGAAUGUCACCAUCACCCUCACUGCUCGCACUGUAUGAGCCCCGUCAACUGUCCAUGGACUGCAGCUCCAUUCCGGGAGCCCAUCCAGCCUGGAGGCCUCAUGGGGUGAUGCCCCCGGGGAGCAGGAUGGCUACUGCCUUCUCCUCUACCACCUAGAAUCCCAGACAUUGGCACAUAAUAUCUCCAUGCCCCUGGGCACCCUGUCCUACAAUUUUGGCAACCUCUUGCCAGGUAUUGAGUAUAUUUUGGAAGUUAACACCUGGGCUGGCAACCUCCAAGCAAAAACCAGCCUCCAUCAGUGGACAGCCCCUGUGUCUCCAGAUCACCUGGUACUGCAUACCCUGGGCACCAGUGCCUUGCAAGCCUCCUGGAACGGCUCCAAGGGGGCUGCCUGGCUCCACUUGGUGCUCACAGACCUCCUAGGUGGCACCAAUCUGACUGCAGUAUUCAGACGGGGAGUCUCCCAUCACAUCUCCCUUCACCUGUCUCAGGGCCCCCCCUAUGAGCUGACGCUCAGUGCUGCUGCCAGGCCCCAUCGGGCAGUGGGGCCCAAUGCCACAGAGUGGACCUAUCCCUCUGCCCCCCCUCGACCUGGUUUGACUCCCCUGCCCGCCAAGCUCUGGGCAAGCUGGAAGGUAGGGCCAGGUGUGCAGGAUGGCUUCCUGCUGAAGUUAAGUGGGCCAGUGGAGAAGAAUAUCACUCUAGGCCCUGAGGCCCACAAUGUCACAUUCCCAGGGCCCCUGCCCACUGGGCACUGUGCUUGUGCUCUGGAGCUGAAGGUCCUAGCGGGGCCAUAUGACGCCUGGGCCCAGGCCAGUGCCUGGCUGGACGAUUCCGCAGCCAAGUCCAGACAAGGCAGUGGUGCCAAGUGGCAGCUGGAUGGGCUGGAGGCCUCCAAGGAGCCUGGGAGACGGGCCCUGCUCUACACAGAGGGAAACCCGGGCCUCCUUGGAAACAUCUCUGUGCCACCUGGUGCCACCUACAUCACCUUCUAUGGGCCAGUGCUUGGGGCCCACUACUGUGUGGACAUUGCCUCAUCUCUGGGAAUCAUCACCCAGAGCCUCAUGGGCCACACAGGUCCCCUGGCUCCACAGUCCCUGGAGGUUAUCAGCAGGGGCGGCCCCUCUGACCUGGCCAUUGUCUAGGCCCCAGCACCAGGACAGCGGGAAGGCUACAGGGUCGCUUGGCACCAGGAGGGCAACCAGAGGUCACCGGGCAGUCUUGUUGACUUGGGCCCGGACAAUUCCAGCCUGACUCUGAGGAGUCUGGUGCCCGGCUCCUCCUAUGCCAUGUCAGUGUGGGCCUGGGCGGAGAACCUUGGCUCCAGCAUCCAGAAGAUCCACCCCUGUACUUUCCCUGCUCCUCCUGCCACCUUGAGCCUGAACCUUGCCACCCAGCCUCCUGCCCUGAAGGCUUCCUGGAGUCCCCCACCAGUAGGGAGGGAUGGCUUCCAGGUACAGCUUUAUAGCCUGAGGCCUCUGACUCUGGAAAGGGUGGAGACUCUGGCCGCAGAGGUCCAGAACUUCUCCUGGGCCUAGCUGUCACCGGGCACUGAGUUCCUGGUGCAGCUGACCACCCUGCAGGGGCUGGAUCAGAGCAGCAGCACCAACGCCACAGGCUGGACAGGCCCGCUUGCCCCUCCUCUGGUAAAUGUGACGAGUGAAGGUCCCACCCAGCUCUGGGCAUCCUGGGUCCAUGCCCCCAGGGGCCGAGACAGCUACCCAGUGACCCUGUACCAGGCAGGCACCCAGGCAGGCACCAGCGCCGUCGGAGCCAAGGUGGCCAGCACAAGCUUUUCGAGUCUGACUCCAGGCAUGAAGUACGAGGUGGAAGGCACGCAGGCUGGGCCCCACCACACUGCAACAGCCAACACCUCUGGCUGGACCCCCCUGCACACACCCAGUGAGUUGGUGUCCAUGCAUGCAAGCACCGCUGUGGUCAACCCGGCCUGGGCCAGCAGCACCUUGGGGCAGGGGAUGUGCUACACCCAACUCUCAGAGGCGGGGCACCUCCCCUGGGAGCACCCCCUAGUGCCAGGCCAAGCCCACCUCAUCCUGAGGGGCCUCACACCUGGAUGCAACCUCUCCCUGUCAGUGCUGUGCCAGGCAGGGCCGCUGCAGGUGUCCACUCAGCGCGUGGUACUGCUUGUUGAGCCUGGCCCUGUGGAGGAUGUGCAGUGCCAGCCUGAGGCCACCUUCCUGGCUCUGAACUGGACGGUGCCCGCCAGGGAUGUGGGCACCUGUCUGGUGGUGGCAGAGCAGCUGGUGGCAGGAGGGAAUGCUCACCUUGUGUUCCAGGCCAACACCUCCAAAAAUGCAGUCCUGUUGCCCAACCUGGUGCCUGUCACUUCCUACCGCCUCAGCCUCGCCGUGCUGGGCAGGAACGGUCUGUGGAGUCGGGCGGUCACUCUGGCAUGUUCCACUUCUGUCGAGGCCUGGCAUCCCCCAGCGUUAGCCCCGGCCCCUGAGCUGGAGCCUGGGACAGAAAUGGGAGUGAUGAUCCCGCGGGGUAUGUUUGGCAAGGAUGAUGGGUAGAUCCGGUGGUACGGCAUCAUUGCCACCACCAACAUGUCACUCCCUCAGCCUUCCUGGGAAGCCAUCAACCACAUGUGGCAUGACCACUACUACAGAGGACAUGACUCCUACCUGGCCAUCCCGCUCCCCAACCCCUUCUACCCGGAUCCCUGGGCUGUGCCGAGAUCCUGGACAGUGCCUGUGGGUACAGAGGACUGUGGCCACACCAAAGAGAUAUGCAACGGGCAGCUCAAGCUAGGUUCCCAGUAUAGGUUCAGCGUUGCAGCCUUUACCAGAUACAGCCCUCCUGAGACCAUUAACUCCUUCUCAGCCUUCUCAGAGCCCCGGGCCGGUGUCUCCCCCGCAUCAGUGCCCCUGCCGGUAGUGGAGGGCCUCGUGGUGGGCCGUGUCCUCACCAUCUGUGCUGUGCUGGGCCUGCUGUGCUGGAGGCGGGUGAAGGGGCAGAGGGCAGGGAAGAAUCCAUUUUCCCAAGAGCUGACAGCUUACAACCUGCAGUGAUGGACCCACCGGCCCAUCCCUAUCCACAGCUUCAGGCAGAGCUAUGAGGCCAAGAGUGCUCACGCACACCAGGCUUUCUUUUUGGAAUUCGAGGAGCUGAAGGAGGUGGGCAAGGAGCAGCCCAGACUGGAGGCUGAGUACGCUGCCAACACCACCAAGAACCAUUACCCACAUGUGCUACCCUACGACCACUCCAGGGUCAGGCUGACCCAGCUGGAGGGAGAGCCUCAUUCUGACUACAUCAACGCCAACUUCAUCCCAGGCUACACCGCCCACCCACAGGAAUUCAUUGCCUCUCAGGGGCCUCUCAAGAAAACGCUGGAGAACUUCUGGCGGCUGGUGCGGGAGUAGCAGGUCCGCAUCAUCAUCAUGCUGACCGUCGGCAUGGAGAACGAGAGGGUGCUGUGUGAGCAUUACUGGCUGACCGACUCUACCCCGGUCACCCAUGAUCACAUCACCAUCCACCUCCUAGCCGAGAAGGCUGAGGAUGAGUGGACCAAGCGGGAAUUCCAGCUGCAGCACGUUGUCCAGCAACAGCAGCGGAGGGUGGAGCAACUGCAAUUCACCACCUGACCCGACCACAGCAUCCUUGAGGCCCCCAGCUCCCUGCUCACCUUUAUGGAGCUGGUACAGGAACAGGCAAGGGCCAUCCAGGGCAUGGGACCCAUCCCGGUGCACUGCAGGAGGGCAGGUGAUGCGGGCAUGGGCCAGACGGGCACCUUCGUGGCCCUGUUGAGGCUGCGGCAGCAGCUGGAGGAGGAGCAGAUGGUAGACGUGUUCCAUGCUGUGUAUGCAUUCUGGAUGCACGGGCCCCUCAUGAUCCAGACCCUGAGCCAGUACGUCUUCCCGCACAGCUGCCUACUGAACAAGAUUCUGGAAGAGCCCUUCAACAUCUCUGAGUCUUGGCCCAUCUCUGUGAUGAACUUCGCACAGGCGUGUGCCAAGAGGGCAGCCAAUGCCAACGCUGGCUUCUUGAAGGAGUACGAGCUCUUGCUGCAGGCCAUCAAGGACAAGGCUGGCUCUUCUGCACCCCUGCCUGGCUAUGAGCAGGACAGCCCCGUCUCCUAUGACUGUUCUCAGGGGCAGUUUUCUCCAGUGUAGGAGAACCCCCCUGACGACAUGCCUGAAGCCUGGCUCUUCCCUGGUGGGCCCUCUGGCUGUGAUCAUAUGGUGCUGACUGGCCUCGCAGGGCCAGAGGAGCUCUGGGAGCUGGUGUGGCAGCACGGGGCUCAUGUGCUUGUCUCUCUGUGCCCACCCGAUGCCAUGGAGAAGCCACAGGAAUUCUGGCCAAUGGAGAUGCAGCCCAUAGUCACAGACAUGGUGACGGUGCACUGGGUGGCCGAGAGCAGCACAGUGGGCUGGCUUUGUACCCUCUUCAGGGUCACACAUGGGGAGAGCAGGAAGGAAAGGGAGGUGCAGAGACUGCAGUUGCCAUACCUGGAGCCUGGGCAUGAGCUGCCCGCCACCACCCUGCUGCCCUUCCUGGCUGCUGUGGGCCAGUGCUGCUCUCGGGGCAACAGCAAGAAGCUGGGCACACUGCUCAGCCACUCCAGCAAGGGUGCGACCCAGCUGGGCACCUUCCUGGCCAUGGAGCAGCUGCUGCAGCAGGCAGGGUCUGAGUGCACCAUGGAUGUCUUUAACGUGGCCCUGCAGCAGUCUCAGGCCUGUGACCUUAUGACCCCAACGCUGAAGCAGUAUAUCUACCUCUACAACUGUCUGAACAGCGCGCUGGCAGACGGGCUGCCCCUGAGUCGGCACUGGUCACUGCGCGGGAGAGGUUUGUGCCCUGUGGGAUGGGGACAGCAUUCCUGACACAUCCACGUGGGCCUGGGCUCCCCGGAAGGGCAGCCUCCACUGGGCCCUGUGCUGCGAAGGUAAAGGG